AUGAACGUUCUUCACAUCUUCGCCGGCCUCGCCGUUGUGGUGCCAGGCAUCUACAUGUUCACUGCCAGCUCUGCCCAAUCGACCAUCAAGAACAAGCGGGUUUGUCUCUUGAUUGCGCACCCCGACGACGAAGCCAUGUUCUUCUCCCCGACCGUCCUCGCCCUCACACGACCCGAGAACGGAAACCACGUCAAGAUUCUAUGCCUAAGCACUGGAGAUGCCGACGGAUUAGGAGAAGUUCGCAAGAAGGAGCUAGUCAAGAGCGGCCUGGCGCUGGGACUGCAGAGCGAGGACGAUGUUUUUGUGGUCGACAACCCCACCGACUUCCCCGACUCCAUGACGAGAAUGUGGGACAAGAACCUGAUUGCUCGUCUGCUAGGAAGCACGUUUGCGCCCAAGUUUGGCCAGGAGCGUAAGAACAAUCUGAAGCCCACUGCCAACAUUGACAUCCUCGUUACAUUUGACAGCAAUGGCGUGUCUUCUCAUCCCAACCAUAUCUCUCUCUACCUGGGUGCCAGAUCCUUCAUCCAGGCCCUUACCACCGCGUCCGAGUGGCCGAGCCCGGUCGAUCUAUAUACCCUUUCCACCGUAGGCAUUGUGCGCAAGUACUCCGCCUUCAUGGACUUUAUUCCCACGCUACUCUCAUCCAUUGGUGUCAAGGAUCAGGAUAAGGAGCGACCCGAAAGUCUGGUGUUCAUGAACCAGCUCGUUGGUCGCGGUGCCUAUGGCACUGCUUGGAGCGCCAUGACACAAGCGCACAGAAGCCAGAUGGUUUGGUUCCGCUAUGGCUGGAUCACCCUCAGCCGGUAUAUGGUCAUCAACGAUCUACGUCUUGAAAAGGUUAAGCCACAGUGA